AUGUAUUUAUUUGAAAUAAAAGAACAUGUUGCAAAUUUAGCCGUUGUGACAACUAUCUUGCAAUUUUUGUCUGGAAUCCUUGUCUGCAAGCAAUAUGUGUAUAAUCGAACUACUGCAGAAGCAUCACCAUUCCCAUUCAUAGCCGGCGUUUUAUCCUCUGGUAUUUGGCUUUUGUAUGGAUUGACAAAACACAAUGAUAAAAUAGUUAUGGUAAACACAAUUGGUGUUACAUUAAUGGUUUCUUAUACAGUAGUAUUCUACAUUUAUACAUUUAAAAAGUUGAUGGUUUUACGACAAAUUGCUUUUACCGUUGCAUUAUUUAUUUUUAUGUUUGGAUAUGUUUCUGUGGAAGAAGAUAACGAGGUUCUUCUAUCAAGACUUGGUUUGUUAGCCUGUUCUCUUACUCUUAUAACAGUUGCUGCACCCAUGAGCAAAUUAUUAUAUGUGUUUAAAGUAAAAUGCACUGAAUGUUUACCUUUUCCUAUGAUACUGAUGUCAUUUUUUGUAUCAGCAUUUUGGUUUUUAUAUGGGCUAAUAGAUGAGGACAUAUUUAUCACGAUACCUAAUUCAAUUGGAGCAAUAUUAGCGGUCAUCCAAUUAUCACUUUUUGCUAUUUUUCCUAGUACUCCUCAUUCAUCUCUACCUUAUAAAAGUACCAUAGCAUAA